AGUUCAGAAAUAAAGACAGACAGAACAAUACCAAACGAUAACUGGUGAAAGACUUCACUGCACAAUGAAAAUUAAAGAACACUGGACAUGCUGAACUUGCUCAUUGAUGCAUUCAAAGAAGUCUAUAUGGUGAGAGCUCUUGACGAUUUACACGCCCCCUCCCCUGCCCCGCCCUGGAUGUUUGCUUGGAGACUCACGUGGUGGAAAGGUUUAUAACGGCUCUCUACAUCGGCAAUUCCCAUCAUUAAUCCACCGCAAUCACACCAAUCACAUCAAAGGAGUAUACUGUGCUCAUAUAGUCAUCAAGUUAUUCACUACAUUGAUCUCCUUGCGCCAUCAUCACUCACGUCCUCCCAUUAAUGGGAUCGCAUCUACUUUAAUUCAAGCGCUGACCUAAACCAAGCAGAGGAGAACUGGAAAAACUUUUGUUUUAUAGCUGAAUAUCAUCAGUAUUUUAUCAUUGGUCGUUGGUUCAAGUAGCUACCAAAAGUGCCUUCAGAAGCUGAAAGGAUAAGAGCAAUAACGUCUCAUAGGAGACGAUGAAUGUCGCCACAAAUAUCCUCCUUCUCUCUCUACUGACCUUGUUUGCUUCAAGACACGUCCACGCGUAUAGGAUAGCACGGCGACGUCGAAGCGGCGCACGAACCACCUUCCGACAUACGACAGCUGAGUCGGCUUCAACAAGUAUGCCACAAUGCGAUCCCACUACGUGUUGUAGCAUUAACACCUGUCUUAAAUAUGUGAUUCAACCUGAGAAAUUAUGUCAAGGAAAACAAGAAGAAAAUAAAUUCAAACGUGAGUCAAUAUUGCCGGAUUCCAUGUGGCCUUUUAUUAACCAAAACUCUGCAAGUGGUCUUCGCUUCCCACCCUUUUGGUUACCCGCCUCAUCGUCACCAAUCUCGUCCAAAUUAUUAUCAUCAUCAAGAAAUCACCAUGAUGAUUUCCCAAUUAUACAACUCACAGAAGAACAGGAGUUUAUAGCACGAACGUACUACAGCAGGUUCUUUCGUAGGAGAGAUCAGUUACCACCGAUUCCCAAUGACAACAAUUCAGACAGCCCGUCGAUUCUUUCCAAGAGGACGAGUGAUGGCACCAGAUCAAAACGAUCGCUAAGCUACGUGUGCCCGAGAAACGAGCAGUGGGAAGAUAUCAUGCUUGCGAUCAAUGCCGAUGAUCAACUCGUUCAAAUGGUGCAGCUAAGUGAUUCGAGACAAUGGUUGCUGACCGAGAGUUGCCAAUACACCCAAUCUCCAACCGUCAGUAAUGUCAUCUGUCAAGAGGUGACCAGACUGGUUCCAGCCGUAGUCGUCGACAGCGUCACGUCUGAGGUCCAACACCAGUUCAUUAAAGUCCACUGCUGCGUUGGGAUAAAGGUCGACUAGGGUGGGGCUACUCACGACAAGGCCUAAUUCUGUCGAUAAAUCAAACAGUGCAAAUUUCAAAGGCGAUGACUAUUUUUUCGACCCAGUUCUAUCUUGGGCGGUAAUCUUAUAACAUGUUAUUCAGUUGGUCGUCCCCUCAGGUAGGAUAAGUUCAUCCGAUAAGCUCCUCUAAUAUCAAGUACGAAACGAGUUUUAUCAUUGAUUCCCUCUGGAUUUUGACAUUUUCCAAGUGCAUCACUUAAUGUCACUGCAUAAUACUACGCUGUCAUUACUUCUCAUGUGAACGAUUAUCAACCUAACUGCAAGUCUGGUAAAGCAAUAAUUCUGAUAUUUUCGAGUUUUUGAGCAAUGUUGAAUAGUAAACCACUUUAGGCCGAAUGUGUCCAUCAAAAAUUAUAAAUGUUCUUAGCCAUUACAUUAACUAAUAGCUUGUUGAUGGACCUUUUAAUCCCCUCUACGCUUACAAACAUCAUUACGCCCAAACGCACACCACGCCUGCGCAGUCAAGCGGGAGUCUCAUUCUGUGGAGUUGAUCAAAUCAAACAAUUUUUUCCAGAUGACAAAAUCAAUUUCAUGGACGUUGACGCCAACGAUUUUGAAGAGAUUGGAGAUAAAUUUCGAGUACUUAAAGAUCAGGUCCAUCUCAGAAAAAUGUUGAUUUGAAUCAAUAGAGAAAAAUCAGACAAGCAAAAUGCU